GAAGGAAGCUAGCCAUCGGCGCUAGGAUACAAAUUCCAUCGCUGAAACAUAGUUCAGCGUCGGGUCCGUGGCUGCAUCUGCGCGACAAUGAAAUUGUGGUGUGCUCCACUCGAAUGCGUCGUCCAUGGCGAGCCACCGUGCGCAUGUGCGAGGAGACAUCGUCAGGAUUCACAACACAAACGGUCUCUUACUAAACCUUGGACAAGUUGAGCAGCUCACGAUCGAGCUCAUCGAUUUUGUUGGAUUUCAACGUGAUUUGGGCGUUGGUGCGGGCAAUGUCGCGCACGAUGGCUUCCCGGCGGGCGGUCAAGCGAGUCAACCAUUCUUGCGCUUGUCGCUCACGUGCCGUCUGAACAAGCUGUCUCGCGUUGUUCAGUGCCUGACGCUGCUGCUCUCGGACGCUUAUCUUCGACACACCUUCUUCAAACGCCCUCGACGCCACCUCGCAUCGCACGUUGGUCGCCCGCGGUGUCGCGAUGCAGUUUAGGAUGCUUGCCAUCCCAGAAUUGC